CCGCCGCGCCCCGCGCCAUGGACAAGCUGCCGCCGUCCAUGCGCCAGCGGCUGUACAGCCUCCCGCAGCAGGUGGGGGCCAAGGCGUGGAUCAUGGACGAGGAGGACGACGCGGACGAGGAGGGCGGCGCGGGCGGCCGGGACCCCGGGGACCCCCGGCGCCGGAGCAUCCGCCUGCGCCCGCUGCCCUCGCCCUCGCCCGCGGCGGCGGCGGGCGGCCCCGAGCCCCGGAGCGCGGCGGCCCCCGGGGCGGACGGCGAGGGGCCGGGCAAGUCCGGCACCAACGGCGACUGCCGGCGCUUCCGCGGGAGCCUGGCCUCGCUGGGCGGCCGGGGCGGCGGGGCGGCGGCGGCGGGGGCCGCGGGCGCGGGGGGGACCCGGGGCGACUCCGCCGAGGAGCGGCGGCUCCUCCCGGCCGCCGCCGAGGGCGACGCGUCCCCGGGCCGGGAGCCCGCGCGCCCCCCGGGCCCCGCGCCCUCGCCGCCCCCCGCGCCCCCCGCGCCCCCCGCGCCCGACGCGGCGGCGGCGAUCAAAGUGGACGAGGCGGGCGCGGCCGGGGCCGCCGAGGAGCAGAUCCUCCCCGAGGCCGACGCGCGCCUGGGCCAGGCCGGCUUCAUGCAGCGCCAGUUCGGGGCCAUGCUGCAGCCCGGGGUCAACAAAUUCUCCCUGCGGAUGUUCGGCAGCCAGAAGGCCGUGGAGCGCGAGCAGGAGCGCGUCAAGUCGGCCGGGUUCUGGAUCAUCCACCCCUACAGCGACUUCAGGUUCUACUGGGACCUGACCAUGCUGCUUCUGAUGGUGGGGAACCUGAUCAUCAUCCCGGUGGGCAUCACCUUCUUCAAGGACGAGAACACCACGCCCUGGAUCGUCUUCAACGUGGUGUCCGACACCUUCUUCCUGGUGGACCUGGUGCUGAACUUCCGCACGGGCAUCGUGGUGGAGGACAACACCGAGAUCAUCCUGGACCCGCGGCGCAUCAAGAUGAAGUACCUCAAGAGCUGGUUCGUGGUGGACUUCGUCUCCUCCAUCCCCGUGGACUACAUCUUCCUCAUCGUGGAGACGCGCAUCGACUCCGAGGUCUACAAGACGGCCCGGGCCCUGCGCAUCGUCCGCUUCACCAAGAUCCUCAGCCUCCUCCGCCUCCUGCGGCUCUCGCGCCUCAUCCGCUACAUCCACCAGUGGGAGGAGAUCUUCCACAUGACCUACGACCUGGCCAGCGCGGUGGUGCGCAUCGUGAACCUCAUCGGCAUGAUGCUGCUGCUGUGCCACUGGGACGGCUGCCUGCAGUUCCUGGUGCCCAUGCUGCAGGUUCCGCGCGACUGCUGGGUGUCCAUGAACGGCAUGGUGAACAACUCGUGGGGGAAGCAGUACUCCUACGCCCUGUUCAAGGCCAUGAGCCACAUGCUGUGCAUCGGCUACGGGCGGCAGGCGCCCCUGGGCAUGUCUGACGUGUGGCUAACCAUGCUAAGCAUGAUCGUGGGUGCCACCUGCUACGCCAUGUUCAUCGGCCACGCCACCGCGCUCAUCCAGUCCCUGGACUCCUCCCGGCGCCAGUACCAGGAGAAGUACAAGCAGGUGGAGCAGUACAUGUCCUUCCACAAGCUCCCGCCCGACACCCGGCAGCGCAUCCACGACUACUACGAGCACCGCUACCAGGGCAAGAUGUUCGACGAGGAGAGCAUCCUGGGCGAGCUGAGCGAGCCGCUGCGGGAGGAGAUCAUCAACUUCAACUGCCGCAAGCUGGUGGCCUCCAUGCCGCUGUUCGCCAACGCCGACCCCAACUUCGUGACGUCCAUGCUGACCAAGCUGCGCUUCGAGGUCUUCCAGCCCGGGGAGUUCCUGGCCAAGUGCAAGCGCCUGUCGGAAGCCGCACCACCUUCUGGGCUUACAGGAAACGUGGCCUGCAACAGCGCAAGCCCCUCCGCCCGCUGCUCACCCCCUCCCGGCACCCCUGGAGGGGCCCCCGAUGGGAGGGGCUCUCGCUUACUCGCAGAGCGCCUCCCUCCUCCAUCCUUGCUUUUUUUUGGUCUUUUGCCCAAGAUUGAGACUCAAACUCGGUACCUGAUGCUCUCGCUCACUGCUGGCGCGGCGCAGCACGAGGACACAGCCUGA